UAAAAGAACAGCAACCUAUUGUAUUGCAGCCUUUGUCUGUCACACAUACAAAGCACAGUUAGUGGUAGAUCGAAGAAAACCUACUGAUUCUAACGAUAGUUCCUAUACUUUGAUUCAAAAGUAGUUCACUAGAAAUCUUACAUAGUAUAAGAAUCUGUUCAACAAGCACAAUUACAUUUCAAUCGCUUGAUCGUUUUCUUCAUCAAUUCAUUGAAGAACAUCUAUUAUCAUUUACGGUUGUAGCGGAUUGCCAAAAAAAAAUAUAAUUUAGUUAUUCAUUAUUCAUUGAAUUCACAUUUAUACUCCUAAGAUAUGUUUGGUUCCAAUAACGACCCACAAAAACCACCUGCUUUCAGUUUCGGAAACCCAUCCACUUCCAACACCUCUGGUGAAGCCCUGAAACCACCUGCCUUCAGUUUUGGAGCUCCUUCCACGUCUAAUACUUCUGGUGAUGCUUCCAAACCUCCAGCCUUUAGUUUUGGCUCAGGUGCCUCCAAGCCUCUGGGAUUUGGUUCCCUUAACAGUAGCGGCACUUCUACACCCGCAUUUGGAACAUCAGGUCCCUCUUUUGGAACUUCUGGCUCUGGUUCUACUAGUGCUUUUGGAGCUUCUGCUAAGGACAACACUGCUGCUCCUUCUGGUGGCUUGUUUGGAUCUUCUAACGCAGGCACUUCCACCCCUUUUGGACAAGCUUCAAACGCUCCUCCAGCUAGUGGAAGUCUCUUUGGAACUAGCAACAGUAAUACGUCUACAACUCUAGCACCUUCGGGAGGUUUGUUUGGUAAAAAAGACGACAAACCUGCGACACCUGCUGCUGAUUCUGGCGCUUUGUUCAGUUCGGCAUCGACAACUACAGGAAAUACUGGUUUUAGUUUUGGGCAGAAACCAGAAGAAAAGAAGACCACGGGCUCUGUAACUCCGUUCUCCACUUCUUCUACACCUCAAUUGGGUGAUGGAUCCUCUACUUUUGGUGCCAGUUCCAAACCUGCUGAAGGAGGCGAGAAGCCAGCAUUCAGCUUUGGUGCACCUAAGACGGCUGCUUCAGACAAACCAGCAGUGUCGUUUAGUACAACCUUAAACAGCAGCGACUCUAAUAUUCCUAAACUUGCUUUAGGAACGUCAACUAUAGAUGAGACUAAAAAAGAUUCGGAAGCUUCGAAGCCUGCCUUUUCUUUUGGUGGUGCAGCCAAAUCUACGACAGCUCCUGGUGGUUUAUUCGGUGGAAAGAAGAAAGACGACAAGCCUGCCUCUGGUGGAUUAUUUGCUAGUAGUACGUCUUCUGCAGCUCCCGCUGCCGCAGGUGGUUUUUCUUUUGGAACCAAAUCUGAAGAAAAGAAAGAUGAUAAACCAGCUGCUGGCGGGUUUUCAUUUGGCGCCAAGAAGGAUGAAACCAAAAAAGAUGACAAACCAGCCACUCUGGGAUUUUCGUUUGGAGCAAAGGAUAAUGAAGGAAAGAGUGAUAAGGCUACCUCUUCAGGAUUCUCUUUUGGCAAGCAGAAGGACGACAACAAAACCAGUGAAAAAUCAACAACUGGAGGUUUCUCUUUUGGAACUAAGAAAGAUGAAGAAAAGAAGGAUUCCGCUCCUGCUGGACCUUCUGGAGGAUUCAGUCUUGGUGCCAAAAAGUCAGAUGAAACUACUGAUGCUAAAAAGACUGAAGUUACAGGUAGCACCGCUACUUCUACCACAGCCACCACUACAAUUGAUCCAAGUCUAAAGCCCACCAAAAUCCAGCCUAUAGAAGUGUCGAUUGACAACAAGACUCUUGACGAGCUUAUCAUAAAAUGGUCUAAACAGUUAGCUGGAACGUCCAAGAUUUUUAACACAUACACCGACAAGGUGAGAGAAUGGGACCAACAAUUAGUUGUGAGUGGAGAUGAGAUCUUGAGAUUGAACCAGGAUUCGAUUGAAGCUGAAGCAUUGCAGAGUAAGAUCGAUCAACACUUGUUGUUUGUAGAAAGCCAGCAGAAUGAGUUGGAAAAGGUGUUAGAUAACUAUGAACAACAAGCCGAUAUCUUGUUGAACAACAUAGAAUUAAAUUCCAGCAGCAAUAGUAUCACCAAUCACUCUGCCGAUGCUGGUGGAUCUGGAUCUGGUGCUGAUGAUGGUGGCUCUUCAGCUGGCAACAAUGGGGACAGUAGCACGCUAAGUGUCACUGAUAAGUUAAGAGAGAAGGCAUACCAUUCUGCUGAAUUGUUGGACGAGAGACUCGACAACUUGGGCGACAACUUAUCGACAUUGAUCAGCGAGAUCAAUGCUGUCAGUGAAGUUUUUACCAAGAACUCCAUCAACGAGUUUGCUCUUCCAGCACCUGCAAAUGGUUCUCAAAAUGGAAGCGCCUCUGAGAGCAAGUCCGGUAACGGCGAUGAAAAUCCUAUCGAAGAGAUAGUCAAGUUGUUGAACUUGCAUUUGGACAACUUGAAGUACAUCGAAGACACCGAAGAGAAGUUGAAGACCAAGAUCAACAAGAUCAAUAAUAUUAAGAAGACACAUUAGGAGAGAAUAUGCAAUAGCAUAGUAGAUACAUAGUGUAAUGUAGGUAUAUUAUAUUAGUAGAUAUAUACAUAGAAGAAGAAUGUUCUC